AUGGGUUCAUAUUCGUCUCCUUCUGAAUCCUCGAGCAUUCGAUCAUUAACAAAGGAAGAUGUAUUUUCCGACUGCUUAGAUGAAGGGGCUCGUCCCGUUCAUUCUAAAGAAAUGGCUUUUGGAAAUUAUAACAUACACGAUUUUGUACCACUAUAUGUACGUGAAAGAUUCCGUAAUAAAAUAGAACCGAUUUUGUGCACAAUGAAAGCAGUGUGCAAGGCAGAUAAAAAAACACCUUGUUACACGUUCACGCUGACUUGGUAUGGAACUCCAACUCAUUCCAUUUAUAACGAUGUCGAUUUGGUAUGUGACGACGAACCAGCAGACUCGCAUGCUGAGUUGAGACAACAACGCUCUAUGCAAAACAUGGAAACAAGUGUUGAACUCGGUUCCGCAACCUCAUUAACAAAUGAAGUGAAUCGUAGAUGCGACGGGCCAUGCAAAAAAAUGCGUUCUGCAAAAGAAUUACGAAUAAAUGGACGAUGUGAUCACGCAAUCUGUCCCUUAUGCAACAUUAAUGCUCCAGUAAUCAAAAAUGUUGACGGUUCUAUGGGUUGUUGCAACCCACAGUGCUUUGCAGCGGACUUGGCAGUGCUCUGUCCUGAUCCGAUUUUGAGACAUAAAUAUUUGCAAAUGAUCAUCAAUAACCGGAAAUUAGAUGAAAUUACUGCUGCAGCUCAUAAUCUUAAUAAGGAUGAUGGAAAGCUGAAACGUUUCCGACGCGCCAUGGAAGUAAUAUCAUCAAGCCAAGGAUCAUCCGAAAGUCAAUCAAGCAGUAGUAAACUAGACCUGAAAGAACUCAUAAACGUCAAAGUCUUAAUACUUGAAAAAGGUCCUCUGGAAACUAUUUGUAGACAUCACUUUGUCAAUGAGACCGGUUCAACCGAAACUUUGCGCAAAGCCCUGCAAUGGAUUAUUGGUGACAGGAGAGAUGUGGAUAAAUCUCGAGUUUUUUUCAAUCUCGGUAACAACAAGAAUUCGGAGUUACGGGAAAUUGACAUGCGUCGUCUCGGUGACAAGAAAAUCUGUAAUUUUCCACUUACCAACGGUGAAAUCAGUUUUGUCAUCGAUUAUACAAAUCUUGUCCGAGGAGAAACAAACUCACCUUACGUUCGAUAA